GUAGUAAAACAAUUCAUUCAGCCUACCAAUCAUGAUUUCUCUUAGCGUCAAAGCCUUACAUAGUGAACCACAAGCAAUCAUCCAUGUCUCGAAUUCAACUCAUGAUUUGUUGACCUCAUCGCUCCGCUUUCCAUCCUUGAAUAUCUUCUUCCUCAUCACCAUCUCUGCAUUGACCUACUACUACUUCCUCCUCAUGUUUCGCCCGCGGCGCUCCGUCUACCUCAUCGACUACGCCCUCUGCAAGCCUCCCCGCUGCCUCCGAGUCCCCACCGGCGGCUUCUUGGAGCACUCCAGACUUUCCUUUCCCACCGACCCCCAAAGCGUCCAUUUUCAGAUGAAAAUGCUCCAACGCUCCGGCCUCGGCGAGGAGACCUCCAUGCCCCACGCCUCCCAUCUCAUCCCUCCCGACCCGGCCACGGCCCUGGCCAGAGAAGAAGCCGAGCUCGUCAUAUUCUCCGCCAUCGAUUCUCUUCUAAUCAAGACAGGCUUAAAACCCCAAGACAUAGACGUUUUGGUGGUGAACUCCGGCCUCUUCUAUCCGGCGCCGUCUCUGGCGUCCUUGGUCGUCAACAAGUACAAACUCGGGAGAGAUAUUAAAAGCUUCAAUCUCUCCGGUAUGGGCUGCAGCGCCGGCUUGAUCUCUCUAGAUUUGGCCAAAGGCAUUCUAGAAUGUUACACUGAUAUAAAUGCUGUGAUGAUCAACACUGAGAUCCUCACCCCCUUCAGCUAUAUGGGCAAGGACAGAGCCAUGCUCCUCCCUAACUGCUUAUUUAGAAUGGGCUGCGCCGCCGUGUUACUAUCCAACCGCCCCGCCGACCGCCACCGCGCCAAAUAUAAACUGCUUCGAGUGGUGAGAACGCAUACUGGAGCAGAUGACAAAUCAUUCAAAUGCCUAUCACAAGAAGAAGAUUCGGAAGGACUCCUCGGAUCUAAAUUGGGGAUCGAUCUGGUCGCCGUCGCCGGAGAGGCUCUGAAAUUGAAUAUUGCUGAAAUCGGACCUACUUUCCUUCCGGCAUCGGAGAAAUUCCUAUUCGCUAUCUCUCUAAUCAAAAGGAAACUCUGUAAUUCCAAAUCGAAGGCGUAUGUACCGGAUUUUAAGAAAGCGUUUGAGCAUUUCUGCAUCCACGCCGGCGGAAGGGCGGUGAUCGACGAGCUGCAGAAGAGCCUCCGCCUGACAGACGAGCAGGUGGAGGCGUCCAGGAUGACGCUGCAUAGAUUCGGAAACACUUCGUCGUCAUCGCUGUGGUAUGAAUUGAGCUACAUUGAAUCCAAGGGAAGGAUGAAGAAAGGGGACAGGGUUUGGCAGAUUGGACUUGGGAGUGGAUUUAAGUGUAACAGCGCCGUUUGGAAGUGUAACCGGACGAUCAAGUUGCCGGUAGAGGGGGCAUGGGCCGAUUGCAUUCAUAAAUAUCCGCUUUACAUUCCUCACAUCAUCAAGCUUUAGUAGUUUAGUCAUAGUUAAUAUUCGUUACUGUAGUGAUAAAAUUCAAACUCAUAUAUUGUACAAACUCUAAACCAUGAUCUGGACCG